ACCUAUACAAAAAGCUGAAACGACACUUUAGCCAGAGGAGUUGAUAUACAUUAUGACUGAGUCCGUAAAAGCACUUUGUAGACAUGUUCUAUCCUGGAGCAUAAGUUAAUAGUUAACCACAGUAGGUGUCAUAUUAUUAUCAACAGGCUUCAGGUGUGGAAUUUUAACAAUGCCUUUAGCAGGCAGAUUAAAUCCAUCGCUCGACUCAGAUAACCACACUGUGGUUGGAGUUUACAAACAGCACUCUUGACCUGUGAACUAGAAAGACAUGGCUUAGAAAGUGAGAGCAGAAAUAUGUUGAACCAGGUUACACAAUACUGCAUCGUCAGGGAGGGACAUAUUGCAUACCUCAGAUGUCUGACUUGAGCUCAAGGAAAAUGCUCAGUGGACAAAACGCAUUCCGCCCCGAAACCCAUCUUCUUUGUUAUGUGUCAGGGGUGUUUCAGUAUCUCUCUCUAUCUCUCUCUCUCUAUAUAUAUAUAUAUCUCCCUCCCUCUCCCUCUCUAUGUCUGUCAGUUCAGAAACCAACCUGUUCAAUAUACUGUUGACAAAGGGAGAAUGAGAGUACUGAUACAGUCACUAUAAGUAAACAUUCCUAUUUUAAUCACUGAUUUGAGAAAUCCUUUACACUUUCACUUCUCUCUCUUUUCUUUCUACAGUACCUCUCCUCCCUAUUCACGUUCUCUAUAUUGAAACAUUACUGUAAUAGAGAUCUAUAUGAUUGGUUGGGUAGAUCCAGUCAACAAAGCUGUGUGAAUCACACAGACACGCCCGUCUGAGGAGAGGAGUCAGUAGGGUGAGUCUGGAAAAGUGUGGUGCGUUGCUCAAUCUAUCUCCAUUGUUAUUUUGUCAAUGUGACGUGAGAUUGUUUCUGUUGUUAUUGAGACGUCAAGAAGAUCUGUGUGCCUUAUUGUGCCUCUAAUAUAUUAUUAGAUAUGAGAAUCUUUCCCAGUGACACUAACUAUUGUAUUUGGAUGAUCAAGACAGAAACAGUUCUGUAUAAGACAUGCAGCUUCAGAGAGCUUGUGUUGUUACUCUGUCAGCCUUCCUCGAUUAUCUUUUGGAUGUUGUGUAAAUGUGUUUGACCCCCAGCCCCUCUCCAUCUGGUCUGAUUGGAGGGAAGGAGUUUGAUGGUGCGAGGCGAACACUCUGCUCAUACAACGAGGCCUCACUUAGCCAUUCUCUGCAUAAAGGAGCCCUGGAAUUCUCUCUCCUGCUGCUGCAUGGAGAAAAAAAGAACAAACUUUAAACUGUAUUGAUCAGGCAGCGGGUUUAGAGGGACCAUCAUCCACCACAAGACAAGCAGGACAACAAGCUACAUAUCAUCUGAACACACAGUUCUAUACCAAACUGGAGGACCUACAGGAGAACUGGCAGGUGUACUGGCUUUUAGUGUGUUCUCUGAGGUGUGACUAACCCAUAUACAGGAGAAUACAAGGUAUACACCACUGGGGAACACACUGAAGAUCUUGAGAGGAGGGAUAUAAAGAAAAGGAGUGAUCAGUGAUCGCCAUGAGGCUGAAUUCCCUGGCACAGGUAAGUGGCUUUUCUGGUUCUCCAGAGCACAGAAGAGCAGAGCAGAGAGUGAUGGCAUGCAGGUGAGGCCAGGCCGGCCUCUGGAAUGUCUUUCAGCAGGCCCCAUAUAGACAGUACAGCAGUGGUAUUCAAAGUCGGGGUCUGCAGUGGGGUCGGCAAAAUAAAAAUUAAGAGAACAGAUUGUUGUAUGGGACAAUAUACAAAUGUUUUUGAGAAAGAUAUUUAGGAAAAAAAAGUGUUGAGUAAAUGUAUUUUUUGGUUUCUUUUCAUUUUGAUAAGAGAUGAAAAUGUAAUUAAUUUAAGGAUAUUUGUUGAUGUAAAAAUAGAAAUGUAAUGAUUUUAAGGUUGUGUCAUUAUAUUUGGAGUGGGGUGGGAUCAUGAGGAAAAAAAUGGUGUCCCCAGAAAUUCUGACGGAAGAAAUGGGGUCCCUGCUGCAAAAGUUUGAAUACUACUGCAGUGCAAGGCGGUACACAGAGGGUGAGAGAGAGGGAGGGAGAGAGAGAAAAAGAGGGCGAGUCAUACACAGAAUCAUUACAGCUUAGGGAGAGAGAGGGGGCUGACUCUGAUUGGCUCCAUGGCUGUUUGAGUAACUAACAACACUCCUGCCCCACAGGCAGGGGGUGGAGGAAGAGGGAGGAGUAGAGAGAGAGAGGGGAGAGGAGAGAGAGAGAGGAGGAGGGAGGAGAGAGAGACUAGGGAGAGCUACUUUGGCCUCAGUGUGCCGGGCAGUCGCUAACCUAUGUGAGACUGAGCCCUGAAGUGUGUGUUGUGUUGUUGUUGUUGUGUUGCCUCACCGGGACUUGAGAUUGACAGGAAUGGAUUUUCUCCUGGAUUCUGGCUAACAUUUGAUGGAUUCUACGCUCUCCUCUGCCCUGAAGCCAAACCCGACAGGAACUACCCCACCAUCCCGGAUCUGAGAACAGGAGGGGGACACACACCCCACGGAGCCUGGAGCCCAUUGCCAUGGCGAUGACGGCCCUGUUCAGGGGCAAGUGGGGUCAAAAGUCGCAGGAGCCACCUGAGAAGCGGCCCGCAGCACCGGUGCACUCCACCAACCACGAGGAGGAAGAGGAGGAUGACAGGGUCAUCGCCCCCAUCCGCAGGAACUCCCGCUUCUACCGUUCCAUGAGGAAGAAGAGGCUGGCCUCGUCAGAACAACUUGAAAGCCCUGCAGUCUCUCUGAGGCCUGGUCCAGAGCCCAGCCCAGGCAGCAGGUCAGGCAGCAGCUCCCUCUGUGUCCCUGAUCUCCAGAAACCUCCACUAUCUCCCCGGGCACAGCGUACGCCAACCUCUCCACGUCACCUCCAUUCCGGAACUGCGUUGCCAAGCAACGGGGAGCUCAGGAGCCCACACACACUUACUAGCGCGGCCUCUUCCCCUCUUUGGACUAGGAGAGGAGGAGGGGGAGGGGGAGGGAGGAAGGGUGCAGAUGCUUCUCCAGCUAGCGGUCAGUGUGGAGGGGGCUCCACUUCCUCCUCCUCCGUUUCUAGCGCUCGGUUGUACCGGACGCACGGCAUGCACACACACACUGAAGACAUGGAGAGCCUCUCAGAACUCACUGCAACCGCCUGCUCCGUACGGGAGCCCGGAGGGGACAUAAAGUCACCGCAACCAGCGGAGGAGCAAGUCAAUGAAGAGGGCGUCAAACUCAGGUUGGUGAGCAACAGGGAAAGAGUGAGCUCAACACCAUUGAAAGUAGAACCCAUCUGCUACAGUCUCAACAUUGUCAAGAACGUUGCCUUCCUGUACCAGGAGUACCGGGACACAUCCAAGCAGCAGGAAAUCGAGCAGCGACGGCAGCAGGAUGGGUUGACCUCGGGGGUCAGCGCGGGGUUAGGGGUGACGUCCCCACCGGCCCUGCAGCUGCAGCUGAGGAACAACUCUCGCUCUCUGAGUCUGUGGCAGAACCUGGAGGUCGUGCAGCAGAGCGGCCUGCUCACCCAGCUACCGCAGAGAGAGGUCAUCAUACAAGAGGCCAUGUUUGAGCUGGUGACCUCAGAGGCAUCCUACUACAAGAGUCUGGAGGUGCUAGAGACCCACUUCCUGAAGAACCCUGUGCUGGUCAACACACUCAGCCAAUCAGACAUGCACUUCCUAUUCUCCAACAUUGAGGAGGUGAUGAAGGCCAGUGAGAGGUUCCUGAUGGACCUGGAGAACCGCAUCGAACAGUCCCUCCAGAUCUCAGAGGUGUGUGACAUCGUCCACAACCACGCCCUCAAGCACUUCCACGUCUUUAUCACCUACGUCAUCAACCAGGUGUAUCAGGAGAAGAACUACCGACGCAUUCUACAGGGAAACCAGUCAUUCCGUGAGACCAUGGCUCAUCUGGAGAACCAUCCGCAUGUCCGAGGCCUCUCUUUCACCUCCUUCCUCAUCCUCCCCUUCCAGAGGAUCACAAGACUCAAAAUGCUGGUCCAGAACAUUCUGAAGAAGGCGGAGGAGAAUUCAGAGAUGGAGGCCAAUGCCAUCAAGGCUCACCAUCAGCUGGAGCAGAUUGUGAAGGAGUGCAACGAGGGUGUGAGGAAGAUGAGUCGUACAGAGGAACUCAUCAGCAUUGAGAAAACACUGGAGUUCAAGUCUAAGUCGGUGCCGGUGAUCUCCCACUCCCGCUGGCUGCUGAAGAAGGGUGAGGUGCAGCAGAUGACCGGGCCAAAGAGCACUAGGACCAUGCGGAGCAAGAAGCUCCACCACCCUGUCUACCUGUUCCUCUUCAACAACCUGCUACUCAUCACCAAGCGCAGCUCCAGUGGUGAGAAGUUCCAGGUGCUGGACUCGUGCACGCGGGCCAUGCUGAGAACUGAGGACAUGGAAGACCAGGGUCAGAUGCUGGCUAACGUGUUCAACCUGAAACUUCUGGAGAACCAGGAGGAGAGGCAUGUCAACUACAUGCUCAAGACCUCCAGCAUGAGUGAUAAGCUGCGCUGGAUCUGUGCUCUCACGCCAAACCGCCGCACGCGAUUCAUGUCCACCAGCGCCCACCAACCAGCCUCUCCCCAGGUCCAGUGUAUUCAGUCGUACUUGUCUCAGGAGCCAGAUGAGCUGUCCAUUGAGAUGGCUGACGUGUUGAACAUCCUGGAGAGGACAGAUGACGGCUGGAUGAUGGGUGAGAGGCUCCAUGAUGGAGAGAAGGGCUGGUUCCCCUGUCGGGUAAUAGAGGAGAUCAAGAACCAGGAAGUGCGGGCCCGGAACCUCAGGGAGAGCCAGAGGAUCCACCUGGCCCAGGAAGGGGGCACUUCCUCAGGGGCCAGACUGGGCUCCAGGGGUGGCAGACGCACCCCCAAAACCCCCAAAGUCUCAAAUUUCUUCGGUACCUGGACUGACCAGUCAGAGGAGGAACAGUGAAGCACAUGAUAUUUCACACUGAAAGUGAUUGGUUGGAACCCCCUGGCAUCAAUUUUUACUGGACCACAUGGAUCAAAUGACAGAGAUCAUGUGAUUUGAGUAUGGGAUUGCAUUGGAAGAAAGUGACAUCAUGCAAUGACAUUAUUUCCGAUUAACUGUUUCCCUUUCUCAGGUGGUUUUGGUUUGCCAGGGUUUAGGUUCCCAGGCUCCAGGGUUUAGGUUCCCAGGCUCCAGGGUUUAGAUUCCCAGGCUCCAGGGUUUAGGUUCCCAGGCUCCAGGGUUUAGGUUCCCAGGCUCCCCUGAUCGGUCCUACAAUCAGAGUACUUCUUCCAUAACUCCAACACACUGCAUGUCUUACACUACUUCCAGUGGAAUGAUUCAGCACUAACAGUCUAACUGUAAAACAAGGCUCUGGUGGAACAGGAGCUAUGCAUGUGAUGGGAGAAGAUAACCACAGAAACAGUUCUCAAGGGGAUGGUAACAUGUGAAUAUAUCGUAACCUUGCCUCAACUGCAUGGGGCAAUUUUUUUCUUCAUUUUUUUAAAAGCGCUUCUUUGCUAGAAAUGUAAUUCCCCCGGAACAAUGGCUUGACGAUCCACCCUUUUGUAAAGAGCAACUCCCCUAUUGAAACCAUACAAGAAGCACGUUUUAAAAUCCACCCACCAGCACUGAAUGGAAAAUAACCGUGAAUGUUUCAUGAUUCUGUACAGUAAAUAGAACAAUCACAUGACAGAGUGCUUAGUAUUGGGCUGGAGGUAAUUGACUAGAGAAGACAAGCCCUACAGAAUCACAGGCCUUGCUUAAUCAGUGGAUGUGUUCUUGGGGUCAGUUCCCUUGCCAAUACUGAUAUGCCACUUACACACACACACUUGGGGAAAUCCUGCACAACUUCUCCAAUGUCAAAAACCCUCCACAGACACCUGGUCCUGAAGCAUCUGAACAGAAUGUGCCAGCACACCGACAGCACUGGAAUGGCAUGCGAGUGACAAAACAUGUGUGUGUAUGAUGAGUAUGUGUAUGUGUGCAUACUGUAUGCCUUGAAUGUUCAAUAUAUAAUUAAAUAAUUACUGAAACAUUGUGCAAUUUAAUUAUGUAAGAAGUAAUUUAUUGUUAAUAAAAUCUAAAUCUGAAAUUCAA